GGCAGACAUGUUCCUGCAGUAUUACCUGGAUGAGCAGGGAGAUCGGGUGUACACCAUGAAGAAAGUGGCUCCCAGUGGACAGCUGACCUCUUCAGCCCAUCCAGCCCGCUUCUCUCCUGAUGACAAGUAUUCCCGACAUCGCUUCUCCAUCAAGAAGAGAUUUGGCCUCCUGCUCACCCAGCAGCCCCGGCCGGUUUUAUGA